CGCCCUUGAACAGUAGUAUACUCGUCAUUGCAGAGGCGCCUUUGAGCUCUACUUUUUCUCCUUUUGCCUUACCACCAUCUCCGUGCCGCUGUUUGCCUUUUAAGAUGAAGGUCCGAUCGUCAAUAAAAAAGUUAUGCGAGUACUGCCGGCUGGUGAGGCGGGGUAACAACGUCUAUGUCACCUGCACGAAGGAUCAAAAGCACAAGCAGCGGCAAGGCUAUUGUACACAGGCGGUAGCCGAAGCGAGCGGUGUGAUUGAGAAGAAGGAAGCCCAGAAGUUGGUGCUGUCGGGAUCUGCGCAGGCAGGCACAGCGGCAAGUGGUGGCGCUUCACAAACAGGGCUGAAGUGGCUUUUAAGUGCAUUCUCAAAGCAAUAGUGCAGACUACAUGAGUUGAUUGUACUAUUAUCAUGCUUUCAUCAAAGCACAAAAUGCAAGAGAUCACGGAUCGUAAAGCGAGCUCUGAAUUGACUUGAGGACCUUAAUGACCUGCAUGCGGUUGGAUCACUGAACGGGAUAAGUUGCCCAACAUUGCUGAUUGGCCGAGUUGCUAUAGGGAGGACAUUCACAUCUGCUUGAUGGUACAAGGAAACUCGGAGAUUUGAGUUGGCUGGCCAAGUGACCUCAUCAGUCUAUUUCCUUCUUACUUGGAGUCACUUAUCGAGCCCCAAUCUUUCACAGGCUUAUUUGUCUUCAAGUCACAAGAG